AUGGCCAGAUAUCAGAGUAUCAUUCACUCCCUGGGCGGGAUCGGGCUCCUGUUGAUCCUGGCGCUCGGUGAUCACUUGGUUAACGGCCAGUACCUUCCAUCGCCUCGCUAUCCUGGUCCCGUGGCCAUUCCACGGCCGCAGAGAUCCCUCUUUGGUCCUGGUCCACCCAUCGGCUGGAGCAGCGGCGGUGGUCAUGGCUGGAGCAGUUCUCCCAGCUUCGGAUUCAGUCAUUUGCCGCCCUCCUCCAGUCCGCAUGUGACCAAGGAUGAGCUGCUGGCUCUGCUGGCCGCCUGGAAGGAUGUGGAGAAGCCAACUACACCGGCACCGGCACCAGAACCGGAGGAUGAGCCAGAGCCGGAGACCACGCCGGCUCCACCACCGCCAGAGGACGAGCCGGAACCAGAGCCGGAGGCUCCUGCGCCCGAGGCCCCAGCUGGACCUCCGCCCGGCGUUCCGGUGACCGUUUCCCUGCCCGCUCUGGUGCCCAUUCAACUUGCCGCCAUGUGGCAGCAGCCAGGACCCGGAGCAGCGGUCGGUGGACUGGGCAAUCUGGGUCUGGCUGGCCUGGGCAUAAGUAAUACGGGUGUAGCCCUAAACAAUCUGGGAGGCGCAGCUGCUGGAGGCGCUGCCGCUGCUGGAGGCGGUGGAGCGGCUGCAGCUGGAGCCGCAGCAACGGCACGCUCCGGACAAGGUCGUUCCCAGGAGCGGGCUAGAAUCGGAGGACGAGCACCAGCCAUCCGUUUCCCGGUGGCCAAUCCGCGUAGCUUUGCUUCGGGCAACUAUGUGGCGCCCAGGCCGCGUUAUUAUCGCGAUACAGAGCCAAUGAGCUAUAACGUGAUGGCAUCUCCACAGUAUCAGCCAUAUCAGCAGGGUCCGGUGCAACUGGUGAACGCCUAUUGGCAAUAG